CCACCUCUCUUCGUAUAGUUUUCCAUUGCCUGAGCUGUCUGUCUUAUACUAUUCCGCCUCUAACCCUAAUUAACCGACUAAAAAAACAACACUUCUCGGCAAGGAAGAAGGGGAAAAAAAAAAAAAACACCGCCAUAAUGCCCGCUAUCGAAAAGGUCCUCACCGCCAACGCCCCGCCGCCCCUCCCGCAGUUCUCCCAGGCCAUCAAGUACAACGGCAUGGUCUACUGCUCCGGCAACAUCGGCGUCAUCCCCGACAAGCCGGGCAUGGUGCAGGCCGAGGGUACCGUCAAGGACCGCACUCGCCAAGCCCUCAAGAAUCUCUCCGCCGUCCUCGAAGCCUCGGGGAGCAGCCUCCGCAACGUCGUCAAGGUCAACGUCUACAUCACCAAGAUGGCCGACUUCGCCACCAUGAACGAGGCGUACGACGAGUUCUUCACUUUUGACCCCAAGCCCGCCCGGACGUGCGUCGCCGUGUACCAGCUUCCACUGGGCACCGAUGUCGAGAUCGAGUGCACGGCAUUCCUCAACAAGCCUGCCGAGAAGCUGUAAGGCUUUUGCCAGAUUUCCGAAGGCUUGCUGAGUUACUUGUUUUAUUCAAGAGGUCUGAGAGAAAAGUGUCAUGUACACCUGUAUUUAUGUAAUCAGCCCCCCCCGGGCACGUAGAGUGGAUGGGAGACGACCCGCCUCAAGUGGGCUAAAAUAAAAGCAUUUG